AAAUAAAGAGAGUAGAAAAACCAAAUAGUGAAUAGAAGAGAGUAGCAGCAGCAUCUAAAUGACAAUCCACACAUUUCCCACCUUCCACUUGUAUCAGCCCCACCUCAAAAAUCAAGCUUUCCAGGAUGAUUCGAGUAAGGGACGUCAGUGGGUACAUAGGAAGAGGGAAACAGUAGUUACUCCCCUUCUCACUGCUGACUGUACAAGCAGCAACCGCCUGGUGCGGCGGAGCAAUAAUCCGACGGCGGUGGCUUCCACCACGGUCCAGUUAGAAUCGGCGUCGAACGUCGUCAGGAAGUUCUAUGAUGGAAUCAAUCGCCGCGAUUUGGCUUCGGUGGAGGACCUCAUUGCUCUCAAUUGCGUCUACGAGGACCUCGUCUUCCCUCGCCCUUUCGUCGGCCGCAAGGCGAUCCUUGAUUUCUUCAAGCAGUUUGUCGGUUCAAUCAGCAUAGAUUUGCAGUUUGCUAUUGAUGAUAUAUCAGAGGAGGAUGCCUCUGCUGUUGGGGUAACUUGGCACUUAGACUGGAAGGGGAAACCUUUUCCUUUCAGCAGAGGAUGCAGCUUUUAUCGAUUGGAUGUCUUCAAUGGCCAGAGGCAAAUAAUUUAUGGGAGAGACUGUGUGGAACCUGCCAUCAAGCCUGGAGAUACAGCUUUGGUUGCAAUAAGAGGAGUCACUUGGCUGCUGCAGAAGUUCCCUUUCUUGGCUGACCGAUUUUAGUUCGAGAGAUUGUCAUGAUAUAAUAGAUAUUCAGUUGUAUAUCAGAGAUGUGGAGGUGAAACAAAAUAUGUAAAUACUUGUGCUAUGCUUUCACUUGUGUGUUCAUUUUAAAAUCAUAACACCAUUAAAGUAGGACAAAUCCAGUUGCUAAGAAUGUGUUGUAACAGAAGCAAAUAUAUAGAGCGUGAAUUUAAUCAUCAAAUAGAGCUAAGAAUGGCUCUGGUGCAGAU